AUGACCUUCCUGUGUGACCAGCGUUGCCUCCGUCUAAUAACCGGCAUAGAUCACUUCAAAUAUAGCAAAAUGGAGUUGGCAGUGAACAAGCAGAAGCACACACGGCAGCUCUUCUUCUUUUCCGCCAGAAUCGUUGCCCUUCUCAGUAUACUUUAUCAUCUCUCACUAGCUUUUCCAACCCAAAGCCCUUCUGCACAUGACGACAUCCAGACGCCGCUCUGGGUGAACAUUUCCCACUCGGGUGUCCUUUAUGCCCCGCUUGGCCAAGCCGUCAUCAUCCCCUGCUCAUCGUCCUCAUCGCCUCUCAUGCUGCCGCGGGUCAAGUGGACGCUAGUGUCCGACGAGACUGAAACGCAAAUCUUGGUGGCGCGGGGCGGCAAGGUGAAAAUCAACGAGGCGUACCGAGGCCGGGCCGAUUUGCUCAACUACCGCUCCUCGCCUGAGGAUAUGUCAAUGUGGCUGUUGGACACGCGCUCAAGCGACUCGGGGCACUAUCGCUGUGAGGUGCAGCAAGGCCUGGAAGACACUAGCGACAUUGUCCAACUGAAGGUCAAAGGUGUAGUAUUCCACUACAGGGACGCCAUGGGUCGAUAUGCACUCACCUUCCACAAGGCCCAGAGGGCUUGCAAAACCAUUGGAGCUCAAAUCGCGACUCCUAGUCAGCUUCGGGCGGCAUAUUUUGACGGGUAUGAACAGUGUGAUGCAGGCUGGCUAGAAGACCGAACCGUUAGAUAUCCAAUCCAAAAUCCUCGUGUAGCUUGCUAUGGCGACAUGGAUGGAGAACCAGGUGUGAGGAACUACGGGAGAAUGAAUCCACAGGAACACUUUGAUGUAUAUUGCUAUGUGGAACACAUGGAUGGGGAGGUGUUCCACGACGCUGUUCCACAGCAAUUGUCCUUCGAGGGGGCCCGGGCAUACUGCAGUGCAACAGGAGCGCAGCUGGCUUCUGUAGCGCAGCUUUACCUGGCGUGGAGCGAAGGUCUGGAUAACUGUAGCCCAGGCUGGCUGGCUGACGGCAGCGUACGUUACCCCAUCAGGACCCCCAGAGAACGCUGUGGAGGUCCCCAGGCUGGUGUCAAGACUGUGUAUCGCUUCAACAACCAAACAGUCUUUCCAGAGCCAUCCAGCCUUUAUGACGUAUAUUGUUACAGAGGUAACAGAACUAUACCAACUGACUCUCCCAUGGACAUAACAAGCACACUGGAAUCUAGCACCCUUGAACAAGAUGUUAUCAUCUUAAUGGACAAAGACAAAGAACUGCCACAAGACCAAAGUUCGGAACAAAUUGAACGUGAGGUUCAAAGUGUUCUAGAAACCAUUCCACUAUUCUCAGUUCCUCCUACGGAAGAAACCCCGAUAGAGGAACAGACGACGUUUACAUCUGAUACAUCAGCACCUCCUUUGAGUACCAUGGGUGCUUUAGACUUCCAAGGAUCUUUUGACGACAUAUCCUCUUCUACAGAAAAAGACUAUGACUCUAGGCACAUCACAGGACUGAGAAAUAGUUCUCUCCAAAGCACAGAAACAUAUGUUACCCUUCGAAACAUUUCACUCCAUUCCACCUUUUACAACAGCACAGAUUCAUAUCACAACUUAACUUACUGGCUAUCUGAAGUAGAAAGCACAACAAGGCUAGAAGAGUCUAACGCCACCAAUGGCCAGAACUUAACAGCCGACAUCUCAAACCAGGUCACACAGACACUAGAGAUGAUGACGUCACUGCAGGGUUUGGAUUUGAACAGUACGCACACUGACAUGCAUGAAAAUGAGACCCGAGUAGAGAGUCUAGAAGCUCCUCUUUUGACUAUAGACCCAAUUGAGAAAAGACAGCCUGCAACACCAUUCAUCCCAACAACUGAACCCCCGGAGGAUCUCUCCUCAUUUUGGAUUCCUGUGAGUGGUUCUGGAGAUACUUCUCAAGAAAGUCGCAAAGAAGUUGCUGUUUUCAAAUUCAGUCCCGAAUCAGAGUCCCCAACACACCAGACAGUUUCUACCUCAACCGGCCAUGCUCCACCAGAGUCUUUCACAACCAUCCGAGAUCAAACCGCAGAAAUAACAAAGCAUUCUGCCAGUCUCGCCUCGGACAAUGUCUCAACACAUCUGCGCCUCUGGGAGUCUGUUUCUGUACAGGAGGGAAGCACCAGUUUGGAAAUUGAAGAUAACAUGGAGAGUGAUGAAAAGCAGCCCCUUCCAACCAGACCUACUCGUUUUUGGGUAAGCUCACCCUCCACCGAAGCUCCCGAGACGUCCAACGAGUUGCCUACAGAUCCGAUGACAGUACUGUAUCAGCCAUCAGGUAAUGGACACCUCUUUGACAGCGCCACAGUCAGCUAUGAGGAGGUAGAAGCCGAAGAAAUGACGACAUCGCUCGACGACAGCACUUCCACCGGCCCGGCAUUUGACGACGACAUCACCAUUUUACCCUUUAAUUCUGAGCUGUCUAAGUGGGAUCUCCUGACCACCACCACCACUAGACCCCAAGAAUCUCUCAAGGAUUUGGAGCUCAGCACCAGAUCCUCGUCCAGCUCAACCACAAUCAAGACAACCACGUGGCGGUCCUGGAUUUCACCGACCACGACCACUCCCAACAUCUUCCACCGGAUAACUGAUCCCUGGAAAUCGACUACUUUGGAACCAGAGUAUGACUCUACCCAGGCUCCUUCUGGCCAAGUUUUGCCCAACGAGAGGGUAGCAGCAGCAGCCGGUAAAGUGAAAGUUGCAGUUUCAGAUGCUUGCUUUAAUGAGCCAUGCCUCAAUGGGGGCACUUGCAUGGAGCAGGAGGGCCAAAUUCAGUGCCUCUGCCUACCCACCUAUGGGGGCAACCUCUGCGAACAGGACCUUGAGACUUGCGAGCCAGGCUGGGACAAGUUCCACGGCUUCUGCUACCGCCACUUCGGCCAGCGUCUGAGCUGGGAGGUGGCCGAACAGCACUGCCGCAUGCAGGGUGCCCACCUGGCCUCUAUUAUGACCCCUGAGGAGCAGACCUACAUCAACAGCAACUACAAAGAAUACCAGUGGACCGGCUUGAACGAUAAGACCAUUGAGAAUGAUUUUAGGUGGUCUGAUGGUAACCCGUUGUUGUACGAGAACUGGUACCGAGGGCAGCCGGACAGCUACUUCCUAUCUGGCGAAGACUGUGUGGUAAUGGUAUGGCACGACGACGGCCGUUGGAGCGACGUGCCCUGCAACUAUCAUCUGGCCUACACAUGCAAAAAAGGCACAUCCUCGUGCGGCCCCCCGCCUAAGGUACGGAACGCCUCCAUGUUUGGGAAGCCUCGGCAGCGCUACGAGACAGACGCCGUGGUUCGUUAUCACUGUAAUCGGGGCUUUCAACAAAGACUGAAUCCGCUGAUUCGCUGUCUGUCUGGGGGGAUAUGGGAAAGACCCCAAAUUCGGUGCAUCUCAGAGUAUGGAGUUCUGAACCCAGACGCUGAAAUGGUUUCUUCUACGGAAAGCAACUUGGCCGCCCAUCAAGAUGGUUUUGAAACCACCACAGACACGCCACUUUACUGGGACAUCAAGUUUUAA